AUGAACCCACAGCAGACAUUUAGACCCAUUCACAGAGGCUGCUAUGCUCCCAAUGUGCGGGAUGAAACUCCCACCAUCCACAGCCAGCUGAGUCAUUGUGCCAACUUUGGACCAGGGAGCACCUCUGGAGGCAUCUGGUUGCGGAAGAGCCUGGAGCGCCAUCUAGUGUCUAGCAUGCAGACCGUGAGACCCCCACGUGAGCAGCCUUUGUGUCUGGCUGAGGGUGAGAGUGGGCCGACCAACUGGAAGGAAAUAGUGAACAAGAAGCUGAAGUUUCCCGAAGGCCUCCUCAGUGCCAUUCAAGAUGGGCAGCUGGCGAAGAUCCAGCAGCUGCUGCACGUGAGUGACGGGAUCCUGCGGCAGCUGGACGAUGCUGAAGACCGGGCCUGGCGAGAGGCUCUCAACCUGGCCAUCCGCACCGGCGGGGCUGAGAUGACCAGGACGUUGCUACGCUUUGUGAAGUUUGAUUUCCGGCAGGUCCACGAGGCCCUGCUGGUGGCUGUGGACACCAACCAGCCCAAUGUGGUCAAGCAGCUCCUGGAUAGGCUCGACCAAGAGAAGGGCCUCAAGAUGGACAUCAAAUCCUUCUCCAUGGCCUUCUUCGAUAACUCGAUUGACAACUCUCGCUUUGCCCCUGGCGUGACCCCCCUCACCUUGGCUUGCGAGAAGGAUCUCUACGAAAUUGUGGACAUGCUGAUGAAGAAGGGCCACACCAUUUCCCGGCCACACAAGGUCUCCUGCGCUUGCCUGGAGUGCUCCAACGGGCGUAAAUUUGACCUGCUCAAGUUCUCGCUUUCCCGGAUCAACACCUACAAAGGCAUCGCCAGCCGGGCCUACCUCAGCAUCGCCAGCGAGGAUCCCAUGCUGACUGCCUUCAAGCUCAGCCGGGAGCUCAAGUGGCUGUCCAAGAAGGAGCCCGAGUUCAAGCCAGAUUACUUGGCGCUGGAGCAACUGUGCCAGGAGUUUGCCUUUGAGCUCCUGGGCAUGUGCCGCAACCAGAGCGAGGUGACGGCUAUCCUGAAUGAGCUGGGGGACGAUGCUGUUGACGAAGACGAUGACGCCGUGGACGACCAGGCCUUCGAGGAGGGGAUUCCCAACUUGGCGAGGCUCCGUCUGGCAGUCAACUACAACCAGAAACGGUUUGUUGCUCACCCCAUCUGCCAGCAAGUCCUGUCGUCCAUCUGGUGUGGGAGCCUCCCCAGCUGGCGGGGCAGCAAAAGCCUCUGGAAGGUGUUCGUUUCCUGCUCCAUCUUCCUAGCCAUGCCCUUCUUGUGUCUGACCUACUGGUUUGCCCCCAAAUCCAAGAUUGGCAAAAUGCUGAAGAUUCCUGUGAUAAAAUUCCUCCUGCAUUCAGCCUCCUACGUCUGGUUCUUGGUCUUCCUACUGGUGGAGUCUCUAAUCCUGGAGGGCCAUCACGAGUCCUUUAUGGGGCGCAAUCAGAGCAUGUGGGAGACAUCCCUUCACAUGAUCUGGGUGGCAGGCUUCUUCUGGUUUGAGUGCAAGGAGGUUUGGAUCGAAGGGCUCCGCAGCUACCUCCUCGACUGGUGGAACUUCCUGGACAUUGUCAUCCUCAGCAUGUACUUGGCUUCCUUUGUGCUCAGGCUCCUGGUCUACCUCAAAGGCCGCGUCUUCUGCCUGGACGGCCAGUCCUCUUCGCCGGAGUGCUACUAUUACACCCAAGCCAAGCGGCUGGAAUGGCGCACUGAAGACCCCCAGUUCAUGGCCGAGGUGCUCUUUGCUGUCACGAGCAUGCUGAGCUUCACCCGCCUGGCAUACAUCCUGCCCGCCCACGAAACCUUGGGGACACUCCAGAUUUCCAUUGGAAAGAUGAUUGAUGACAUGAUUCGGUUCAUGUUCAUCAUGAUGAUCAUCCUGACAGCUUUCCUGUGUGGCAUGAACAACAUCUAUGUCCAUUAUCAGGAAUCUGAGCGUCUGGGCAGCUUCAACGAGACCUUCCAGUUCCUCUUCUGGACGAUGCUUGGGAUGGAGGAACACGACGUGGUUGACAUGCCCCAGUUCUACGUGGCUGAGUUGGUGGGCCGAGUGCUCUAUGGCGUCUUCACCAUUGUCAUGGUGGUCGUCCUUCUCAACAUGCUCAUUGCCAUGAUCACCAACUCUUUCCAGAAGAUUGAGAACGACGCUGAUGUGGAGUGGAAGUUCGCACGCUCAAAACUCUACCUGUCGUUCUUCAGGGAAGGUCUAACUCUGCCAGUCCCCUUCAACAUUAUCCCCACGCCCAAGUCCAUCUUCUACGUCAUCAGGGGCGUCUUUCGCUUCAUGUGCUGUUACAAAUCGAAGAAGCAUCAGAAAUACCCCCCAGUUUCCACCAUUAGCAAUCCGUCGGUGGAAGAGGUGGGGACACGGGCCGAAGGCCGCCUCUCCUAUCGGCGCCAGGUGCUCAAGGCGCUGGUGCAGCGCUACAUCGAUACGGCCAGGCGGGAGUUUGAGGAGAGCCGGAGGAAAGAUCUGGGGAACCGCCUGACCGAGUUGAACAAGUCUGUGUUGCGUCUUCACACAGAGAUGAAGCAGCUUCGCCACUCGGUGGCAGCCAGUGGGGCAGCAGCCAACCCCAUGGACGGGGCCAGUGUGCUGCGCAAGUACAUCAUGAAGGUGCGGAACAGCUUCCAGAGCUACGAGCCUGAACCGGAGAACUCCGGCCAGGGAUCCCCCGUGGAGGUGAUGGUGCACCAGGACGUGCCCAUCGUAGGGGAGGGCCGGCUGCCCUGCUUUCAGGAAGAGAAGGAGGGCGAGGCGGGGGGCGAGGAGGAGGCUGAGCAAGGGAUCCCCGAGCACGAGCCUCAGGAGGCGAUGGAAGGCGAGGCAGGGGAAGCGCCAGAACCCUGAUCCGCCAUUCAGCCCGUUCCCACUUGUGGGAGAGCGCUUCCGUAGCGCCGACGUCCGGCAAAUGACUCUCCGACCGCCGUAGAGGCGAGGCCACGUGCUUCGCUAAGCGGCCAUCCGUUGGGGGAGAAUCCGGUCCCCUUCCCAGAGUGUCCUGGGGCAAAAUGGGAUGGACGUUCUCUUCAGCAGCGCAGGGAUGCUCGGGGUAGGCAGGGUAGGCAGUUCCUCCCUUAGUUGUGCUAUUGCUCAAGUUGCACCUAGAAAAACAAGCUGCAUAAUUGCGGUUCGUUCCGGCACAAUUAUUCUUGCUUCCGUAAGGAGGAUGAAGGACGGUUUUAAAAUAUCUCCAGCAAAUAAAUGAACAACAGCUCCCCACUGGGCAUAGUUAC